AUGGAGUUUGCAAAGACAAAAUGGGUGGCUGCGGCAGCGAGUAUAUGGAUACAAAGCUUUACAGGAGCAAGCUACACCUUUGGAAUCUAUUCCUCUCUUCUCAAAACAUCUCAAUCUUAUGAUCAGUCUACCCUUGACACCGUCUCCGUUUACAAAGACAUCGGAGCAAACGUAGGCAUCCUCUCCGGUCUCUUCUACACCGCGGUUGCAAGCAGCAAAAGCGGCAACGGUCGCUUCUUUAGUGGACCAUGGUUGGUUAUAUUCGUGGGGCUAGUGCAAUGGUUUGUGGGGUACGGAUUCAUGUGGAUGGCUGCGUCAGGAGUGAUCGAACGGCCUCCCGUGUCUAUGAUGUGUUUGUUCAUGUUCUUCGCCGGUCAUUGUCAGCCUUUCUUUAAUACGGCUAUUGUGGUCACCGCCGUCCGUAACUUCUCCGACUAUGGUGGGACGGCCGUUGGGAUUAUGAAGGGUUACCUUGGGCUUAGUGGAGCAAUUCUGGUUCAAAUGUACCACAUCUUCUGUGAAGGCGAUCCAGCGAAUUACAUUCUCCUUUUGGCCGUAGUACCAUCACUCCUCAUCUUGACGUUGAUGCCCUUCGUUAGAACAUACGACACAGUCAUCGCAGGCGACAAGAAACACUUGAACGGUCUCACCGCCAUCUCCUUGAUCAUCGUCACCUAUCUUAUGGUCGUCAUAUUGGUCGAAAAUGGUAUUGGAAUGUCAAAGCCUAUGCAGAUAUGCUCUUUCACCCUUCUACUUCUCUUGCUCGCCUCUCCUCUCUUAGUGGCGGUUAGAGCACAACGUGAAGAGAAAGAUAGAUUCUUGUCUUUGGAUUUUCCGGUUACCGAGAUAACCACAUUGCUUGAUUCUCCUAAGCUCAACACUUCUUCCAAUCAAUCGACAGAUGUUAAAGUUGUCAUGAACAAUGAUAUGAACGUCCUCGAAGCAAUAUACACAACAAACUUCUGGCUUCUAUUUGCGGCGAUGAUAUGUGGAAUGGGUUCAGGACUCGCGACGAUAAACAACAUCAGACAGAUGGGGGAGUCACUUCACUACUCUACUGUGCAACUUAAUGCUCUGGUGUCUCUCUGGAGCAUAUGGAGCUUUCUAGGCCGGCUUGGGUCGGGUUACUUCUCAGACGCUUAUUUAAACAGUCAUGGCUGGCCGAGACCAGUAUUCAUGGCCAUAACUCUAGCCCUUAUGGCUAUAGGUCACAGUGUCAUGGCCACCGGUUUGGCAGGAAGCCUGUAUAUCGGAUCCUUGUUGGUAGGUUUAGCGUACGGGUCACAAUGGUCACUCAUGCCGACAAUAACCUCUGAAAUAUUUGGGAUUCGCCAUAUGGGAACUAUAUUCUAUACAAUAUCGAUAGCUAGUCCGGUUGGUUCCUACUUUUUCUCAGUGAAGGUGAUAGGCUACUUGUACGACAAGGUAGCUUCUGAGGAUGACCAUUCUUGUUAUGGGAAUCAUUGUUUUGGGACUUCGUUUAUGAUAAUGGCGGCCAUGGCCUUCCUUGGAUCUUUUGUCGCUCUAGUGUUAUUCCUCCGCACAAGGAAGUUUUAUGCGACGCUUGUGGCCAAGAGGAUCUUGAAGUAAUCUCUAUAUUCUGAAUCGUGGCUUCAUUAAUUAUUUAUUUAUUUUGUGGGUUUUUUCUUCCUUCGUAGAUCAAAAGAUAAUAUAUAUUGUUUGUAAAAAA